UAGAAGAAGCUGAGGUCUCCCGACAGAGCUGGAAAUGGUGAUGAAUCUUUUUUAGUCAAAGGACAAUUUCUUUUCACUGCACUUUGACUAUGGAAACAGAGGCUAUUGAUGACUAUAUAACAUCAGGUGACAAUGAGCUUUCACCUGAAAGGGAACACUCCAAUAUGGCAAUUGACCUCACCUCAAGCACACCCAAUGGACAGCAUACCUCACCAAGUCACAUGACAAGCACAAAUUCAGUAAAGCUAGAAAUGCAAAGUGAUGAAGAGUCUGACAGGAAACCCCUGAGUCGGGAAGGAGACAUCAGGGGCCAUGAUGAAGGUAGCAGCCUAGAAGAACCCAUUAUUGAGAGCAAUGAUGUGGCAGACAACAGAAAAGUCCAGGAGCUUCAAGGCGAGGGAGGAAUCCGGCUUCCGAAUGGUAAACUGAAAUGUGACGUCUGUGGCAUGGUUUGCAUUGGGCCCAAUGUGCUUAUGGUACAUAAAAGGAGUCACACUGGUGAGCGCCCCUUCCACUGUAACCAGUGUGGAGCUUCUUUCACUCAGAAGGGCAACCUACUGAGACAUAUUAAGUUGCACUCUGGGGAGAAGCCGUUCAAAUGUCCCUUCUGCAGCUAUGCCUGUCGGAGAAGGGACGCCCUCACAGGACACCUCAGGACACACUCUGUGGGUAAACCUCACAAGUGCAACUACUGUGGACGGAGCUACAAACAGCGCAGUUCACUGGAGGAACACAAGGAACGUUGCCACAAUUAUCUUCAGAAUGUCAGUAUGGAGGCUUCUGGGCAGGUCAUGAGUCACCAUGUCCCUCCUAUGGAAGAUUGUAAGGAACAGGAGCCUGUGAUGGACAACAAUAUUUCUCUGGUGCCUUUUGAGAGACCUGCUGUCAUAGAGAAGCUGACAGGGAAUAUGGGAAAACGUAAAAGCUCCACCCCACAGAAAUUUGUGGGAGAGAAGCUCAUGAGAUUUGGCUACCCAGAUAUUCACUUUGAUAUGAACUUAACAUAUGAGAAAGAGGCUGAGCUGAUGCAGUCUCACAUGAUGGACCAAGCCAUCAACAACGCAAUCACCUACCUUGGAGCUGAAGCACUUCACCCUCUGAUGCAGCACACACCAAACACAAUUGCAGAGGUCGCCCCAGUCAUCAGCUCAGCUUAUACUCAGGUCUAUCAUCCUAACAGGAUAGAAAGGCCCGUUAGCAGGGAAACCUCUGACAGUCAUGAGAACAACAUGGAUGGCCCCAUUUCUCUAAUCAGACCAAAGAGUCGACCCCAGGAAAGAGAGGCCUCACCCAGCCAUAGCUGCCUGGAUUCUACUGACUCAGAAAGCAGCCAUGAUGAUCGCCAGUCCUACCAAGGAAACCCUGCCUUAAAUCCCAAGAGGAAGCAAAGCCCAACUUACAUGAAGGAGGAUGUCAAGGCUUUGGAUGCCACAAAGGCUUCUAAGGGCUCUCUGAAGGACAUCUACAAGGUCUUCAAUGGAGAAGGAGAACAAAUUAGAGCCUUCAAGUGUGAGCACUGCAGAGUCCUAUUCCUAGACCAUGUCAUGUACACAAUUCACAUGGGUUGCCAUGGUUAUCGGGACCCGUUAGAAUGCAACAUCUGUGGCUACCGAAGCCAGGACCGUUAUGAGUUCUCAUCACACAUUGUACGAGGGGAGCACACAUUCCACUAGGCCUUUUUCUUUCCAAAGGGGACCCUUAUGAAGUAAAGAACUGCACAUGAAGAAAUACUGCACUUACAAUCCCACUUCCUCAGACAUUAACUUAACCUUUUUAAAAAAAGAAAAGAAAAAGAAAAAUUAUUACAGUCAAUAAUUUUUAUUUUAUGGACCCAGUCUCAUUUGCUCUACCUGACUAUCAGGAAGGAAAAGAGGGAGGGAGGGGACGGGGUAAUUGCUUUGUUUUCUUUUGUCGCUUGGCUUAUUUUGUGGGAAUUGAAGGGCAGUUCACUUUUGCAAUGGUUGGCUGUAAGUUAUAUCAUGCUUUGAAAAAUCACUCAGCUCACAUUAGGUUCAACUAAAAGAGGAUGAUCUCCAUUUUUAGGAUGGUGAUAUUGGACAGGAAAGUGGAGAGUUUUCAUAGUAAGACUUUGUCUUAACAAUAGUAAAAAAAAAGAGUAUAAGGAAUUUUUACUCUCUAAAAAAGAAACGUUUUGAAAAUAUAAAUUGUUUUUCUGUAAAGAUCUUUGAUCAUAAAUCAAACACAAUGUUCUUUUCAAUGAUACUUCCUAGGAUGAGCUAUGGUCAUGGGUUCUGUGUUUACUUCCCUUUCUGGAAUUUCUAAUACAAUCUAUAGAACAUUGUACCACUUAGCAGUUUCAUAUUACAAGUGGUUAGGACCACCUACAGUACUUUUGAAAUCCUACUAUCUUAUUUUUCUAAACUAAAGAAGCACCUUUUUAGACUUGCUGUUUUUCCAUAGUUUUGGGGACUGGCGUUUUGUAGACACCCUGACAGCCUUACUUUUAAUAUGUUUUAUGAUUAAUAUUUUUAUCUGGUUUUCAGAGUAAUACAGCUUAGGAGUGGCUAUGAGGCAGUAGUUUUCUGGAGGGGUUCUGCUGCUCUUUGAAAAAAAAUUAAGGUAUAAACUAUGUCCUGAUAGUAGAAUACGCUUGGUUUUUUUUUAAGAUAUGUAUUCAAUUGUCAUCUUAUCAGCAACAGUGUUAAACCAGUCAGUAGCAUCCACUAUUAAGGCUGACACUAGGGAGAACACUAGAAACCUCUUUUCUGGUAGUGUAUUAGUUUGUUAAAUCUUCAACUACCCGGUAUUCUGCUCCAUAGUCAACUCUUUUAAGACUUUGCCUACUGUCUCUUUCUAUUCUAUAAAACUCCAAAGGUCAAUGCUGAGUUUGACCUGAAUGUGGUUAUUUAAAAAAAAAAUCAAAAACAUGAAGUAUACCUAGUACUGAUACCAACUGUGGCUAUUUUUUCUGGAAUUUUUUCCUCCCAGUGUUGAUAUUUACCACAUUUAAGUUGAGGAAAAAGGAAACUGCUCUGCAAUAUUUUGGUUGGGCUGCAGAUUAAAAAUAUAAUAAUAAAGUUCACUUUCACCCUUUCUUUGACCCUAUAUAGGGAUGGAAUUAUUAGUUAGGUGAUCUCUAAGCCAAAAUCACUUGCUUCCUAUGUACUAAUCCCUUUCAACAACUAUUUCCCCUGUUGCUUAGACUCUUGAGAUAUGAACUAUAAGCCUUUAACAUCCUACUUUCCUGCUCUCUAUCUAUGCUUACUAUAGAUCGACAUUUUGCAUAGGUGGAUGUUUUUUGUAUUUAUGAGGGUGCUAAUUUUAUUCAACACAGUCCAACAGUUUUAGAAGGGAACAGCUGAGUGGUAUAGUGAUUAAAGUUUUUGUUUGUUUGUUUGUUUUUACAGGGACAUGCUUGGCAGAUAGAACAUGUAGUCUCUGUUUAGUAAGGAAUGAGUUGGAUAGUGGUCAGAUUAUACCUGAUGGCCAUUUUUGACAUGAAAUAUCAUCAAGUAGUAAUUGAUGAGUACUGUAGAAGUGCAUCACAUAUAAUGCAGCACAAUACAUUUCUUCUUAUAGUACAAUGUGAGAAUGAUCAAGAAUAGAGAAACCUGAACGUGAAUAGGACUCAGAUAUAAAAAGCUGCUCUGUAUUACUCAACUCAAUUUUCCAUUUUAUCUUCUACUUCUUAUCUAGAUAGUUUCUAAGUGCUCAUGCAAAUAGAGUUACAUAGGACUAGGGAGAAUUGGUUACAACUCACCGCUUCCUUCUCAUCUUUUUCCCCCCCAGACCUUGACAAAACUAAUAUAUUGGUAAUGACCACUUAUCUUUUAAUCCAAAAAGUAUCCAUUAGAAUAUGAAUGAGAAACACAUUAGAAUAUUAGCUGUAUCAUUUCUUCUUUGCUUCAUGGUACGUUGUGAACAUCAAUUUUAUUUUGCUAUAAGAUCUUGUACAAUGAGCCACCAAAGAAAAAAUAAUCUAUUUAGCAAUUAUCACUUGUUUUUUCUCCUAAUUCUUCCUGAUUUUGUUUUUCUUUUUUCCAUUUCACUUUUCUGGAGAAGACAAGUGACCAAUAGUUAACAGUAUUGUGGGGGUUGGGGGGUAUUUGUGAUGAUGAUAAUUUGCUUUUAAAGAAGCACUUUGGCAACAACUAAUAUUCUAAGAGCUUAAUUUAUUUGGAAAUUUCUGCUGACACCACUUGUGAAUUUUCCUGCUUUUUUUCUGUCAGUUCAUUACAUCACCUGCAGACAUAUGUUUUGGGAAUAAACAGACGACCACAAAGAAUUUUAUAGAGGCCUCCCAAAUCACUCAUGCUCUACUUUACCAUUCCUUUUAGUUUGUGUUCUUGAGAAUAUGUCUGUUGCAGGCAUAUACUUUUAUCCUUAGCCUAAAUGGAUAGGGAUCUACAGUAUGAAGAUGGUAUUGGCUUAAGUAGAGACAGUGGCAAAUAGAGAGACAGGGUCAUUGCAGAUUUUGUAGGUAAAAAAUACUUUGGGAGAAGUAGCGCUAUGGGAAAAGUCUCCGAAAGGUUCUAUUUAAUUAUGGCAUUUUCUGUAAAGAAAAUGUGAAAGGUUGUGACUAAAUGUAGAUGUGACAAUUAGAUACCAAAUAAUCAGGUAGGAAAUUUUAUUAUAGGCAUUGUUUACAUACAGUUUAUUUCAGUGAAAUAUCACAGAAUGUACUGAAGAGAAUUAUGGGCAGUUUUCUGUACUUCCUUUUUUGGCAAAAUUUCAGACAUUUGUAAAAGUUGAUCUAUAUUCAUUUGAUUCCAGUUCUUAUUUCAGAAGAGAAAUAAUGUGCCAGAGCCAGGACAAAGGAAGGUUUGGUUGUGCCUGAGGCAAGGUUUGAAAACGGCACCCUUGUGUGUUACAAUCUAAGCAAAACUUUGAGUUUCAUUGUACCACAUGGGACUUAUCUUAUGGAAACAGGUACAUGCCGUUUUUAGUAGGGUUUCCUGGUAUUAAAAAUGGGCAUUUAUGAAAAGUAAUAUUAAAAACCUCAAUCACCAACCUGACCACCUCCACAGGUUGCACCAUAGGCAGCUACCUACUUUGUGCCCCAUCCCUCCCACAGCCCUUGCUGUGUGCUUCCUAUGUGGCGACCGGUGAUAAAUUCCUCUAAAAAGAAAAUUAUAGUUGGGCUAUCAACAAGUGAAAGUCAUUAGCAAGCUAAUUCAAAGAGAUUUUGUACUGUUAAAAAAAUUAAUUGUUUAGAGUUUUCUUGAAGUAGAAAAUGGAAUUUAUUCCGAAUAGGAUUUAUACCUAGCUGCAAAGUAGGAAGUGUCUCUCCUGCAUAGGAACAGUUGGUGAGCAUGAGUCGUGGUCACUGGAUUUUUUUAGAUAUGAAUGAGGGAAAUAGACUUUGAUAAGAAUUUUUUAAAAUCUUUUGAUAUGCAAACGCAGUUAUCAGUGUUGGGAAAAUAUACAUGGAAAAAGAAAAACAACAUUGUGGCUGAUUCCUGAGAUGUUUAAUUUUUUUCUCUCUCUUUAAUUUGCUAGACUAUGACAAAAAAGCACUGAAGGAACUUCUCUUGGCAUUCAAAACUUUCAUGAACUCCUCUUUAGAAUCAGUAGUGAGUGUUCAGGUAUUCCAGUCACUGACUUAUAGAAAUGAUUUUAUGCAAGAGCAGCUUAUUACACAUAUCCAAAUGUUUAAAUAAGGUUGGCCUCCUAAGGAGAGUCCAUAAAAAAGGAAAGAAAUGAGGAACCAUAUUUCCCUGUUGGUGUGUGGAAAAGAGAGAGGAAUUCAUUAGUAAGUUUGGUCAACUUUUAUCUAGAGUAUUAGUAUCUCAGCUACUUUUCAGAAAAUCAUGCAAUAUCUGUUGCUGUUUACAAGUGAAAAACAGAAUUUAUACCAGAGAAAAUGUAAUACCUUCUAAAUAAUGUUUGAUGUUAUUUAAUUCACAUCACCUCUAAAUCACUCCCUGGGGUGUUGAGGACAAAAGCAAAAAGAAGUACCAAAAGAAACAAACAAAAAAGUCUAGCAGCUAUUACAACCAAAACAUAAUUACCAUGAGAAAGAUUUAAUAUAUUUUCCAAAACUAUGGAUUGUUUGCUGUGGAUAAAAGAAUGAGUAGCAUUUGUGAAACUGUAGUUAAAACCUUUUUUUUUUUUCCUGUGGGUUAUAUUGCUCUGUCUAAAUUCUCUACUUUUAUAUGAUUUUUCAUGAGAACUGUGUGAAUGAGGCAGAUCCUAAAAUAGAAAACUCUCCAACAGGAACCCCAAAGAAAAGAAUUGAAUUAAAAAUCAUGUUGGUUUUUUCUGUAUUUUUUUCUAAUAGUUUCAAUAGAUAUUUGAGCAUUUUUGUUUUUUUAAACCCUGGAUUUCUAUAAAUUAAUCGAACUCUAUAGUAACUGGAAUCUAAACAUACUGAAAUUUAAUGUAUUAAAUAUUUCUAAAAUUUAAUUAUAUUUGUGCCUUUCAGAAUACAUUUAGAAAGUCAGUUAUCUAAGUAUCGGUCUAGACAGCUUUAAUAUAUAUUUUUUUAAAAUCACUUAAAAACUGAGCACCAUGUAUUUCAGCCUUGUAAAAAUAGGACAAAACUGCUAUGGUAACAUAUGCUUACAGAUGCAGAGACUUAUUGCUCAACUGUCUAAAGAAAAUAACUUUCAAAACAUUUUUGAGUAUCUCUUAUGAAAUUUGAUGGUAUUUCGGAAUGACCACUACCUACUAGAUUGUGCAGAUGAGAUUUGAGGUGGAGAAAAAAAAACUUAGCUGUGAAAUAUUAUGCUGUGUGAUUUUUUUUCCAGGAAGAAUGAGUUCAGUAAUAAUAAGGUUUUAUUAGUUUAAUUCUUUGUUGAAAUAAAAUGCAGUAUUGUGUUGAUACUCUUAGCAAUGGACUAGUAUUCUAGUCUCCUAACUGAUUGUUAGUAGAAUAAUCUUAAAUAAUCUUAAAAAGUCAGGUAAUUCACAGUCCUUGAACAAAACUGAAUAGAGCAGUCAGAUCACAUUGUUAUUUUCCAAAAUACAAGGUCAGUGGAUGAUAUAUCAUGGUUAUAUGUUUAUCUGCUGUAGGUUUGUUUUAAAAAUGAGCUGCUGAUUAUAAGAAACUAACAAACUAUGACCAAGAAGCUGUGAUAUGCUAACGUUCCUCCGCAUCAUAGUACAUUGUUAGGCCAAAAUAAAAUGACCUGAUAAAUUUUUAUUAUUCUUACAGAAAUUUAAAAUUGACAUUUCCAUAUGGUAUUUAAGAAAAAUUCUCUUUCUGCCCAUUUAGACUUCUCUUGCAGUACUGUAAGUUUGUGGUAAUCACAUGCACUUUCUGCCUGGGAACAUAUUCACAAUUCUAUUUAUGGGUACUUUUCCCAUACAACACUGUAUAUGUGUGUUCUCUGUAUAAAUUUGUGAAUUAAUCUUUAUCCCAUACAAAGAGUGGUACAAGGAUAACUAGUUUUCUGUGGUUUUCUUUUUAUUGUGAAUAAAAUAUAAAAUGGAAAGGCCCUCUGCUAAGCAACACAAAGUACAGAUAUGACUUCAUGUAGGUACAAAUAAGCCAGCUUGCAGUGAAUUGGGCCCUUCAGAUUACCUCAAGUGACACACAGUAAGAAAAGCUUCGUGAACAGGGGGUAGAGGUCACUGAAUCCCCUACUAUGCACUUACCAGGAUUUGACAUUACUUACUGGAAAUGGAUAUUUUGUUUUUCGUUGUUUGGUUGUUGUUAUUGUUUUUCUGAAUACACUGUACAAGGGAAGGACUUGGGUUUUGUUUUUUUUGUUUUGUAGUAGCUAAAAUUCUGAAACUGUGAUCAACAAUUUAAAUAACUGUCAAGCACUCUUGGCUCUUGAAUAUGUUCACUUCCUGUUCCAUGUAGCAAAGUUCUCUUUAUUGUCUCUGUGUUAAAUUAUGUAAAAUCUCAUCCUAUUUCUGUCUCUUUUACCUCAGUUUAAAGACUAGGCUACCUAUUUUUUUUUUCAAUUAUUUCCA